GAGAACACAAGAAAAACAUUACAGAUGAUGUCCAAUUUCUCUGUUGCCCUUAUCGUGGUAGUGAUAACUUUUCACGAUGGUCAGUGUUUCUCAUCUGGGGGAACUGUUUACACCCGAUGGGGCCGCACGACGUGUCCACCGACAGCAACCAUUAUUUAUUCAGGUUAUGGUGGAGGAACUCAUCGCCAGCACCAAGGAGGUGCAGUUGAACCGCUCUGUUUACCGACAAAUCCAGAGUGGGGAUGGUGCCAUAACAAUGAGUCAGACUACUCCAGAGGACUGGUAUAUGGAGCUGAAUACCAACUUUUCAAAGAUGUCAUAAUGCCUAAGGCUUAUCUCUACAACGGUGAAGUGCCGUGCGUGGUCUGUAGGACUCAAAACGACAAGUCCGUCUUAGUUAUUCCAGCAAGAAAAACUUGUUAUGAGGGAUGGAAAGUAGAAUACUGGGGAUAUCUGAUGUCUGGAAAAUACCGUCAGCCCUCUUCCUCCACCUUCACCUGUAUGGACGCUGAACCUGAGGCUCUGGGAAGGAUAGGACCGGGCUCGGGCGGUUAUUUGUUCUAUCCAACUGAAGUUAGAUGCGGCCACUUGUCAUGCCACACCUGCAGCAGUUCGAAAUGCCCGCCCUACAAGGAUGGAGCGGAAUUACUGUGUGUCAUUUGUUCAGAAAAAUGAGAAAAAAAAGUGUCGAGUAAAUAUAUAUAUACAAAAAAUUGUAU